GCGCGCCGGAACUACAAGGACUCUUUGCGGAGCGCGCACGCGUACACCUUCGCACGCACCGCGGCCACCGUCCUCAGUCGCCCUUGGUCCGCAGUCGUGCCGAGUCGCAUACUCCAACUCUUCCUCCUCCUACAGCAGCAAUGACGGGCAUUGUGAAGGUUCUGGUGACGGGCGCUGCCGGGCAGAUCGCCUACUCCCUCCUGUACAGCAUUGCCAGUGGCAAUGUCUUCGGCAAGGAUCAGCCCAUUUCCCUGGUGCUGCUGGACAUCACGCCCAUGCUCGGCGUGCUCGAGGGAGUGGUGAUGGAGCUGCAGGACUGUGCCCUGCCCCUCCUCAAGGAGGUGAUCGCCACCGACAAAGAGGAGGUGGCCUUCAAGGACCUGGACGCGGCCAUCCUGGUGGGUUCCAUGCCGCGGCGCGAGGGCAUGGAGCGCAAGGACCUCCUCAAGGCCAACGUCCGGAUCUUCAAGUCGCAGGGCGCUGCGCUCAACAAGUACUCCAAGAAAACCGUCAAGGUGCUGGUGGUGGGAAACCCGGCGAACACCAACUGCCUGAUCGCCCUGAAGUCCGCGCUCACCAUCCCCAGGGAGAACUUCACAUGCCUCACUCGCCUGGACCACAACCGCGCCGUGUCGCAGGUGGCUAUACGUGUCGGCGUUGACGCGGCUGCCGUCAAGAAGGCCAUCAUCUGGGGCAACCACUCGUCCACGCAGUACCCGGACGUCCACCACGCCACCGUGAACGUCGGCGGACAGGAGCUGCCCGUCUUCCAGGCCGUGAAGGAUGAUGCAUGGCUCAAGGGCGACUUCAUUUCGACGGUGCAACAGCGUGGUGCAGCGGUGAUCAAGGCGCGCAAGCUUUCCAGCGCCAUGUCGGCCGCCAAGGCCAUCUGCGACCACAUGCGCAGCUUCUGGCACGGCACUGCUGAGGGUGACUGGGUGUCCAUGGGCGUGGUUUCCGACGGCAACAGCUACGGGAUCCCCGCCGACCUCAUCUACUCCUUCCCGGUCGUCAUCAAGAACAAGAGCUGGAAGAUCGUGGACGGACUCGACAUCAACGACUUCUCCCGCGAGAAGAUGCUGCAAACCGCCAAGGAGCUGGUGGAGGAGCGCGACAUGGCCCUGGAGUUCGUGUCUGAAAGUGCGUGAACGAGCGCCACGUAAAAACAAAGCAAACCCUGCCCCCCGCACCCCUCCCCUCGAUUCCCGCUGAUGCCUCCCACAAACCCCCUCUGCCCACCUCGCACCCUCCCCAACGGUCGUGGCGAUGAAGCGUAUCCGGUGGUACCACCUGAAGCACGGACAAAGCGUGUGGUGUACGUUCGUAAUGUGUGAAUUGAGGAUAUAGGGAACUGAGAGAAAUGGUUGAUUGAUGCGCCAUAGGAUAUUAGCAGUACAGAUUAACGCUUGAUAUCGUAGUCACGCACAGUGCAGUGAGCCCCAUAGUCGCUGCCACUGUAGAAUGUCCCCUGCACUUCCGAUCUUGCUGAAUGUACAACCACGGUGGUGAACACUCAAACGGAAGCAUGAACCAACUGGUACGCUAUAACAGUGACUGAACACACAGACGUAUGUAUGUUUAACUUCUUUUGCACCGUACGUAGCCAACCGUGCUAAUCGGAGGUUCGUAUGCGUAUACAUUUCCCUCGCAUUCUCUUGAAGUUUCGUAGCGUACUCUUAAGAUAAAUGAAGCUGUCGGCAUGUCUCCGAGUCUCCUCGAAUCCACAGAUUUCAGCCUGUAAUAGGAAUGGCUUGCACUUCAUGACAUACAAUAAAUGUGUGAUCAGUGUC